AUGCUUGCCGCGAGCACCCAACCGCAGCCCCCGCAUCUAUUGGUGACACCAUCGUCUACAACGGAUAGUCGGGAGCAGCAGCAAAUGUCUACCAACACCGCGGACGCCGGUGUGCGUCCGCCACCGAUCCCGCCGCGGCGCAUGAAGUCGCUCUGGCGCAAGCCCUCCAAGUUGAUGAACGACGACCAGCCGGUGGCCUCGUCCUCGACCUCCGACCUCCCCCUUCCCAACGUGAAAGCCGCCUCCUCAUCGAAUCUUCUCUCCGCCUUCUCCUCUUCCAACGUUGACCUUCCGCAAACCUCGACCCUCGUAAACCCCUCGGCGACGUCUUCAGCGGCCUCGACGCAGAGCGCCAGGUCGAAGCUGAAGAACUUCAUCACCGAGCCGGCAUCGCAGGCCGUCCGAGCGCUUGGUGGAGGACCGGGGAAGCGAUCAUCGGUCCCGCAACCGACGCGGUCGAUUCCCAACCUCCGCGAGCAGCAUGACCAACACAAGAACUAUGCUGCGCGUGCGAACACCAUUGCUCGCUCAAGCACGACCAAUGUGUCAGCCACCCCCUCGAAAGUCCCUCGGUCCUCGAUUCCCGUGCGGACAUCCUCCAUCACGACCCCCACUGCCCCCCUUCCGCCCACCGUGUCCACCCCGUCUCCGUCACCACCGCGAAAGACUGAUCUCGGGCGUUCACUGCUGAAAGCGUCGCGCUCCACACCGUCCUUACCUCGGAGAGCUAAGAAGGGCAAGGGCAAGGAUCUGCUUGACGAUGAUGAUGAGGAUGAGAAACCGGCGACAGUGGGCAAGAAGAAGAAGGGUGGGCGUCAUUCACUGGCCAUGCUUUUCCACAAAAAUCGGUCAACAAGUGCCGUGUCCCCCCACUCGUCUGAAACACCGUCGCCUUCUGACAUCGACCUCACGUCACCCGAGGAUGAACUGAAGCCUAUUGAAAAGCUGCCACCAUCAAUUCUGUCUCAGCCCAAGCGGUCAACAUUGUCGCCCCCUAUCACGCCCACAUCUUCCUAUUUCCUGAAUAACAGCCGACCCUCGAGUGGAUCCAACAGCGCAGCCGGCUCGGUCGGUCUCCCAGAUCUGAGCCCGGCAACUACAAGAGGUUUGUCGCGUCCCUCCUCUUCUUCGCUGUCGCGUCCGCCAUCACAGUCAGCAUUGCGUGGAUCAAACGGCGAGCCUUCCUCGCUUCGUGGGUCUGCUCAGACACUGCAGAAUACCGUAUACAGGCAUAACCCGAGCGCGUCAUCGCUAUCGCCCGCGGGAUACAGCCUUUCGUCAUCCAGCUUCCAGCACUCGCGCUCCAGUCUGAUCAACGGUUCACACACGAGUCUCAGUCUCUCCCAGACCAGCCUUAUCCUUCCAGACGGACCUCGCCACUCGCUCUUGUCACAAGAACAUUACCACCUCCGGUUCGCGUGCACAUAUAUCACCUACCUCCUCACUCCUGCAUUGCGGCACGCCAACUUUUCGACGUCGGAGCGUAACCUCGAGAUUAAGCGCAUCUCGGAAGACCGAUUGGGCCAUUUGGCGCGCAUGGAACGUUCCUGGGGAAGCUCCUGGGCUGAAGCUUCAGGUGAAAUCCUCAGUGGCAAGCAAUCCGGGGUCUCGCUCGAAGUCAAGGAGGCGAAGCUGCGGGCUUGCAACAUCACCGCGACCGCAAAGGCUCACGAGCGCAAAGUGUUUGUUAGCGCCGUUCGUGACGGCAUCCUGCUGUGUUUCCUUUUCAACCGGCUCUUCCCGUCGCAGCCCGCUCACAUUCAACGCGUCAAGGUGCCCCGUGACGAAGCUCGAAUCCGCGCCAACAUUGACCGCUUUCUUUCCGCUUGCAGCGAGAUCGGGGUAUCUGAGAACGACAGUUUCACGAUGGCAGACUUGGACGAGCAUUCCCCAGCUGGUCUGGCCAGGGUGGCGAGGACAAUUCUGGUGCUUGCUCGCAUGUCUGGUUCGGCCGUGGUUUUGCCUGCGAAGAAGUCGAAGCGGAACCUCCGGGGUGAAGGUUCGGUCAACAAGUCGUCAAUCCCGAAGGAUCGCAGCCGACCACACUCGGAGCAAACGCCGGCGCCCUCGAACAACGCGACGCCCAUGGCAUCCAGGACCGCCCUCGAGCGGACACUCAAGAACAGUUCCAGUGAUUUGCGACUUCGACGGGAAGGGGUGGCAACCAAUGGCGUUCUUCCCACACCCGCGGCAAUGAACGGAUCCACAAUGUCACUUACGGCUUCCACCGAGAGCGAUCACGCGUCCGCCGCCUCAGGAUCCAACUUAAAGUCUGUUUACGCUCCACCUUCGCGGUUGUCACAACAGUCCUUCUCACCCACCCCUCCGCUGUCACCUGCGCGUGCCGCGUCCACGCCGAACGCAUCUUCUCGAUCCAACGCCGCCAUCCAGAAUGGCACACCGCCGACUGCGCGUCCUCCCAUGCGCACGAUACACAACUCCAAGGUGUCAUUCGCCAAUGAUUCCAGCUCUCCGCGAGCGUCUGGACACGACUGGAGCAGCAGCAUCUCGUCCACCCAGUCGUCGUACCACCUCGCGCCGCUGCAGGAGCGCGAGCGGACCCCGAGCCUCAUCAGCACCAACUCUCAGGUCGCAUCGUCCUACUCCCGGUCAAGCAUGAUGGCAAUCCCCAUCGUCCCGGGCGAGGAUCAGCGUGCCAUCGACGCGACGGACGUCGAACCCAUCGACAUCCCUCUCGGAUCGUCGCCCUCGGUCCGGCCGGAGCUGCCUCCGAACGUCCGCCGCAUGAGCGAACAGACGCUGCAGGAGGCGAGGCGCAAGAUUAUCGGUACGCUGCUCACGAGCACGGAUGACUUGCAUGCCCAGCAUGGCAUGACGCCGAACGGUCGACUGUCAUCGUCUCUGGAGGAGGCCCGGGGAUUCGCCCUGUCUGCUUCCCUCGCGGCUCUGGAAGGUUCCGGCAUUGGCGGCCCGACCACGCUCAGUCUGCGGUCGGACAGCCCUCGUCUUCGACCCAUUUCUCGAGCUGCACGCACGCAAAGCAUCGAGUUGCAGCACGACAGCUUCAUCGAGGAAGACGAGGUUGGAUCACGCAGUCCCGCGCGCGCCCCCGGCGAAUUGCCACCGAGACCUCGAAUUCGUCGUUCGAGUGUCACCGGCAAGAUCUAUGUGCCCAAACGUGCGCCCUCGCCGGGUGUGGGCAUGCAGUCGACUCUGUCGUCGUCAUCCAUCCCGAUCCCCAUCGAUCCAAACCUUGCCGCUGAGGCGUACGGUACCCGACGCGCGUUGACCAAACAAGAGCGCCGCCGGUCUGAGGACUUCCCCCUGAGACCCAUGUCUAUCAGCAACGCCAACCGAGUCAUGAACAUGCGCAACAAUCACUCCAUGGUUAAUCUGCCUAGCACGACCCGGCGGACAUCGACCCUGAGCUUCACUUCGCGUGACUCUGCGGUAUACCCGAGUCUCCAGAUUCUGGAGUUUAGCAUGGCUGGCCAGCCGGCGAUGCGUUACCAAUUGGGUAAUCGCAUAGGCACUGGUCAAUUCGGUGCUGUGUACCGCUCGCUCAACCUGACCAACGGUCAGAUGGUCGCCAUCAAACGGAUCCGUGUGGCUGGCAUGCAGCAGAAGGAGAUCGACGACGUCAUGCGCGAGGUCGAACUCUUGGCCCGGCUGUCGCACCCUGGCAUUGUCAAGUACGAGGGCAUGUCUUGCGACAACGAGUUCCUGAACAUUGUUUUGGAAUUCGUCGAGAACGGUUCCCUGCAACACACCCUGAAGGCGUUCGGCAACUUCAACGAGCGGCUUGUUGCUUCGUAUGUCGCCAAGAUCCUUGAGGGUCUCAUCUACCUGCACUCGCAGGGCGUCGUUCACUGUGACCUGAAGGCUGCCAACAUCCUGUCGACAAAGAAUGGUAAUAUCAAACUGUCCGACUUUGGUGUCUCGCUCAACAUGCGCGCCGUGGAGACUUUCGCGGAGCGCGCAAGCAUUGGCAAGGCUGAGAGCAGCGAGGUCGCCGGCACCCCCAACUGGAUGGCACCAGAAAUCAUCAAGCUCGCUGGAGCCUCGCCUGCUUCGGACAUCUGGUCGCUGGGCUGCACUAUCAUUGAGCUGUUGACGGGUAAGCCUCCCUACCACAAUGUCGGCAACAGCAUGACCGUUCUGUUCCGCAUCGUCGAGGACCCGAUGCCUCCUCUCCCGCCGACGUCGCCCGAACUCGAGGACUUCCUCAAACUCUGCUUCAUCAAGGAGCCUGGAGACCGCCCGUCCGCGACGCUCUUGUUUGAGCACGAGUGGGUCCGCGCCGCCCGUGGCGACAUCGACCUCAGCCCGCAGGACAGCCUGCCCUUCCUCCGCCGUGUCAGCCAGGAUCAGCGCACCGAUUCGCAGCGCAUCUUUGCCAAUCCGAUCGACAUUCCCAAGGUGUCCGACUCUGUCCGCAUCAAGGAAGCGAACGGCAUCUUUCCGACUCGCUCCGCGUCUACUUCGCUCGUCGAUCUCAGCACGACUCCCAAGGAGAACGAUGUUCAGAAGUAUGCGCAAAUGUCCAUGGUCUCGCUCCACUCGCAGGCGUCCCAGAGCCGGGAGUGCCUCCAGUCCUCGAGCGCCCGCGCCCAUGGUCUCGUCAAGACCACCUUUGCCAAGGCCAUCACCUGCCAUGUCUGCCUCGAGAAUGUCAAGAAGUCGGCCUACCUGUGCCAGAACUGCGGUCUCAUCACGCACGCCAAGUGCGCAGCCCGCGCUAGCCCUCGCUGCGACGUUCGUGAGCAGCUCGCGCUCCUGGCUCAUCAGCAAGAGUUUGCCGCCGCUGUCACGACGCCGCCCGAAUCUCGCGCCACCUCGCCGUACCUCGCAGACACUUCGCCGACUACCUCGAACGGCCUGUCUGGCUUCCCCGGCCGGUUCUUCGGACGCGGCAACCGCUCGAAGAGCAGCCUUCUCGCUCCGUCGACGACGUCGCUUGUCGAGCCCGACAGGCGUGCUCGCUGGUCCACGGGUGCCGGCUCGAACCACUCGCGGUCGCACCUUGACGCCGUUCCGACUCCUGCGUCCAACGGCCACGAGACCAUCAGCUCUGUGCGCUCGCGCCUUUCGGAGGGCAGCGAGGAGUGUGUCCGCGACCCGCGCGGCGCGUCGACGACUCUCCUCCGCAUUGAUGAGGACGGCCCCAGUCACGAGAAGGAGUCCGCUGGCCCACCGCCCGUCAUGCGUCACGCCCCGAUCGAGGGUGGCAAGCCCGUCCGCAAGCCGAGCAUGCGCCUCCGCAUGAAGCGCGAGAAGCGGGACAAGAACGGCGUCAUGGACGACGACGACGUUGCGCCCAAGGACUGCAUCGUGAUGUAG